AUGGACGAAUUGAAUUUGAACUCUGCUUGGUAUGACAUCAAGAUUAUUUAUCGUUACUCACAAGAAGUCCUACAUGAAUGGAUAAAUUACGGGUAUAUGGCGAUUAAAGAAGACAAACAUGUGAAGAUGAUGUUUAAUAGGAUCCAGAAAAUGCCCCAAGUAAAUGCUGCUGAGUUGUACAUAAGUUUAGAGCUGCUUGCGGAAGUUGAUACUGAGAUGGUGCAACAAACAACUACGUCUUUACAAUUUACAGCCCUUGAUGAUGGAUGCACUGCAAUGGGAGGGUAUACAAUGGGAGAUUAUAUGCUCCCAUCUCAAGAUCAUAUUGUAAAUACUGGUGAAACCCUCCAUUGUCAAGAGACACAUUUAGAGGAGGAUGACGAAGACGAAGACUAUGUUGAAGACGAAGACGAAGACGAAGACGAAGAUCAUGCUACGAAUGAUGGUGAAAGUAUUGAUGGUGUGGAUGAGUACGAAGAGAGGAUUGAACGAGGUGACCUUGAGAACGAUGUGGAUGACCAUGAAGUCGUUCCCCAUUUUGAAGAGGAAAAUAUGGAGUUCUAUGAUGAAGGUGAUGCAGACGAUGAUAUUGGCAUCCAGCGUGAUACAAAUACGACCACUGGCUACAGACCUCCUGCCGACUCAUUCUACGCAAAUACUUGGGAAAAUAUGUUUGAUCCUUCACGUCUAUUAGAACCAUUUGUUUGUACUUGGCAAGAUGGGAUGCAUUUUUGUAAAGGGUUGACUUUUACAAAUAAAUCGGCGGUGAAACGUGCAUUAACAAUAUACGCAGCAAAUGAUAAUAGAAAUUUUAUAACCCGGAGGUCGAGCACCACAAAAUUGUGCGUCGCAUGCGUUAAUGACAACUGCAAGUGGCCAGUGAUCAGUAUUGAUGGGACUCAUUUGUAUGGUAAAUACAAAGGGGUGUUGAUGAUUGCAAUGGCAACUGAUGCUAACCAAAAGGUUUUGCCUCUCGCCUUUGCUGUUGUAGACAGGGAGUCAAGGCCUAGUUGGGGUAUCAGAUGCGCCAUUCGAGAGUGGCCUAUAGGUGAGGACAGAAGGGAACAAGUAUAUCAUCGAUAUUGCCUUCGACAUGUUGCUAGCAACUUCAACACAAAAUUUAAGGACCCGACUUUAAAGGCAUUGGCCUUGAAAGCUGGAUAUGCGACUCAUGAAGCAAAAUUCACGUCCAUAAUGCAAACCAUUAAGGAGACCGAGAUUAAUUUACUGAGGGGUGUAGACCCUACUAAUCGCCACAUCCUACUCUAUAUGCCUUACACAUAUCUAAUGAGUGAGGAUGUUGACAAAUGGACCCAGUCACAGGAUGGUGGAAGACGUUACGGGGCAAUGACAACCAAUAUCUCUGAGUGUUUUAAUGGGGUACUUAAAGGUGCCCGCGGUUUGCCCAUUGCUGCAAUGGUUGAGUUCACAUGGUCCAAACUUGUUGCAUAUUUCUACGAUCGACAUGAAAAAAUUCUUUCUGAUCUCUCUCAAGGUAAGGUGUGGAGUGAUUAUGUAAUGAAGAUCUAUAACAAAAAUGAGCAGAAAACUGCAGGACACACUCUGAGGAAUUUUAAUCAUGAAAUUGGUGUAUAUCAAGUGGUUACCCCGUAUAACGACCAUAGAGGUGGAGGGGGAAACCACAGUCAUGAAGUGCACGUAAUUGAGCAAACAUGUGGUUGUGGAAAGUGGCAAAACUUGAAGAUCCCUUAUUCACAUGCAAUUAAAGUUCUUAAAGGUCUGCACCUCGAUGCGACCAGCUAUAUUGACCCAUGUUACAGUUUGAACAACGCCAUUCAGACAUAUUCACAUCAUUUUGUGGUGCCAAAAUCAGAGUCAUUGUGGAGGGAUGUUUGCGGACCACGGUGGGUGCCUGACCCACAGCUGUUGCGGGGCAAAGGUCGUCCUGUGAAGUCAAGAUUAAGGAAUGAAAUGGAUGGGAUACGACGAGAAUGGGGAAGCCGGAGGGAAGAUCCGGACUUGAGGGAGAUUCAACCAAGGCAACGAUGUGGAGUGUGUCAUCAAGAGGGGCAUAACCGCAGAUGUUGUCCCAAUUCCCAUGGGGCUUCGACAAGUGGUAGUGCUGCAAACUAGGCGAGUGGAGACUGGAUUUUUGAAUGGCAUUGUACGUGGGACUUGUGGUUAUGUUCGGUAUGGACAAGUGCAGCAAAUUCUAUGUAGACUAUGUUGUAUCAGUAUGGAAAAGUUAUAGGUGACUAUGUAGAGUAUGUUGUAUCAGUAUGGACAAGUGUUAGA